AUGACAAGUCUUCACAUACUUCGUCUCGAUGAUAAUGCCAUAAACGGAUCCAUUCCUGAAGAAAUAGGAUCACUCAGCUCACUCAAAGAGCUGGAUUUGAGUAAAAACAGCCUCACAGGUCCAAUCCCAGCAUCCAUUUGGAACAUGAGCAACUUGUCCUUAGUAUACCUGUUCAAAAAUGAACUUACUGGAACUCUCCACUUGCAAUUUAACAACCUAACGGGCCCAAUUCCUGCAUCCAUAGGAAACCUCGGCAACUUAACUAUUUUAGCAAUUUUUGAGAAUAAUUUCUAUGGAUCAAUCUCUCCAACUUUAAUAAACUUGACCAAGCACACCUUAUUAGAUGUGCAGCAAAACCAAUUGAGUGGCCCCAUCCCACCAGAAAUAGGAAAGCUCAAACUGCUAUUCAAACUAGGAUUGUUUGUAAACAAUCUCAAUGGCUCCAUUCCUGGAGAAUUCAAGAAUCUUACAACUUUGCAAAAUUUAGGGGUGUCUAGCAACAUUUUGUCAUGCUAUAUUCCCCAAGACAUUUGCACUGGUGGGUUACUCGUAAAUUUUACAGCACAUGAGAAUUAUUUCAUUGGCUCCAUUCCGAAAAGCUUCAGAAAUUGUGCCACUUCAUACAGGGUGAGGCUUGACAAAAACCAGUCAUCAGGAAACAUUUCCGAAGACCUUGGAAUUUAUCCACACUUGAACUACAUUGAUUUGAGCUAUAACAAUUUCUAUGGGGAAUUUUAUCAGAAGUGGGGGCAGUGCCAACGUCUACAAAGCUUGAAAAUCUCCAACAACAGAAUUUCCGGAGGAAUACCUUCUUAG